UAUCUGAAAUAAAAUUGAUGAUAUUGUAUUUUUGUUCUCACAGCCACUUAUUUUAAUAUGUAAAUGUUUUUAAUUUCGGUUGAUUCUGUAUUUCUGUAAUUAAAACAAGUUCUAUAGUUAUUAGUGAAGUAUACUAUAAUAACAGUUCAUCAAUAAUUGUUAGUUGUUACUUUUUGAUAAUUUCUUAAGUUUUAAAAAAUAUUUUGAAAUGCCGCGAAACAAAGCUGUUGAAGAGACGGAUAAACAAAUCCGAAUAGCUAUUGUGAAUAAUGAUAAAUGUAAACCCAAAAGAUGUCGUCAAGAAUGCAAAAAAUCUUGCCCUGUCGUAAGGAUGGGAAAAUUAUGUAUAGAAGUAACACCCAAUGAUAAAAUAGCUUCAAUAUCAGAAGAAUUAUGUAUUGGUUGUGGUAUAUGUGUCAAAAAAUGCCCAUUUGAGGCAAUAACUAUCAUUAAUUUGCCUAGCAAUUUAGAAAAGGAUACUACACAUAGGUAUUCUAAAAAUUCUUUUAAAUUGCAUAGAUUACCAACACCAAGACAGGGUGAAGUCUUAGGUUUGGUUGGAACUAAUGGUAUUGGAAAAUCUACUGCAUUAAAAAUACUUGCUGGCAAACAAAAACCAAAUCUUGGACGUUUUUCUGAUCCACCCGAUUGGUCUGAAAUAUUAAAUCAUUUUAGAGGAUCUGAACUACAAAAUUAUUUUACUAAAAUUUUAGAAGAUGAUUUAAAAGCCAUGAUUAAACCGCAAUAUGUUGAUCAAAUUCCAAAAGCUGUUAAAGGUACUGUUCAGCAGUUAUUGGAUAAGAAAAAUGAACGUAAUAAUAUUGAAGAAAUAUGCGAUUUCCUUGAAUUGGAUAAAAUACGAGAUAGAUCAAUCGAACAACUGUCUGGUGGAGAAUUGCAACGUUUUGCGUGUGCAAUGGUUUGUAUACAAAAUGGAGACAUAUUUAUGUUUGAUGAGCCUUCUAGUUACCUUGAUGUUAAACAACGUUUAAAGGCUGCUUUAACUAUACGGUCCUUAAUUGCUCCUGAUAAGUAUAUAAUUGUAGUAGAGCAUGACUUAUCAGUGUUAGAUUAUUUAUCUGAUUAUAUUUGUGUUCUUUAUGGAGUACCUGGAGCUUAUGGAGUUGUCACUAUGCCUUUUUCAGUACGUGAAGGCAUAAAUAUAUUUUUGGAUGGUUUUGUACCAACUGAAAAUCUACGUUUCCGAGAUGAAAGUCUUAUUUUUAAAGUCUCAGAGAGUGCUACUGAAGAAGAAGUUAAACGCAUGACUCAUUACGAAUAUCCAGAGAUGUCAAAAACUUUAGGCAAUUUUUAUUUGAAGGUUGAAUCUGGGCAGUUUACAGAUUCUGAAAUUUUAGUUUUGUUGGGUGAAAAUGGUACCGGAAAAACAACAUUCAUUAAACUUUUGGCUGGUAUUAUGCCCCCUGAUGGUGCCAAAGUUGAAUUACCACGGUUGAAUGUCAGCUAUAAACCUCAAAAAAUCAGUCCUAAAAGUCAGUGUAUGGUGCGAGUGCUUUUACACGAAAAGAUUCGUGAAGCUUAUAUUCAUCCACAGUUUAUAACAGAAGUUAUGAAACCAUUGAAAAUUGAUGACAUUAUGGAUCAAGAAGUUCAAAACUUGUCUGGUGGAGAAUUACAAAGAGUUGCUAUUGCACUUUGUCUAGGAAAACCUGCAGAUAUAUAUUUAAUUGAUGAACCAUCUGCUUAUUUGGAUUCGGAACAACGUUUAGUUGCUGCUAAAGUUAUUAAGCGAUUCAUUUUGCAUGCUAAAAAGACAGGAUUUGUAGUAGAGCACGAUUUUAUUAUGGCAACUUAUUUGGCGGAUCGAGUUAUUGUAUUAGAAGGUCAACCAUCAGUAACAUCUACAGCAGAUACUCCUCAAGGAUUAUUAGCUGGAAUGAAUAGGUUUUUGGAGCUACUUGGAAUUACUUUCAGAAGAGAUCCUAAUAACUUCAGACCUCGAAUUAAUAAAACAAACUCUGUGAAGGUUAGUAAAUAUAUAUAUAUACUUGGAACA